CCUCCAUGGGCCGAACUAAACUCUUGCGUCAGCCAAUCACUCUAGUCGGGCUGGAGGAAAUAUAUUCACCGGUUUAUUUCCCCAAAGUGCAGACAGUCUGUACUCGAAGAACGAAAUACUUCAACAAUCCAAGAAAACUUUGAGGCAUUAUGAAUCUGAAGUUUUGAGCUCAUUACAGAAAUUACACUGGGGGAAUAAACACGAUGAACUGAGGACAAUUUGGAAACAAAGAAUUACGCUGAAAAUAAAGAAGAAGAACAAAUAAGAAGAUAAUAUAGAUUAUGACAUUUUGUAUCAUUGUCAUCUUAAAAAUGAGACACGUCGUCUGAGACAAAAAAAAUACCCGCGGAAGUUACCCAAACUUGACAUUUCAAGAUUGCCAGCAAUAAUAUCGACAAGCCACACAGCGGCAAUGGAUUCAGGCGGCAAGCAAGUGACCUUCCAGUUGAUGCUGACGGUGGGAGCAGCAGUGAUUGGCUCGCUGCAGUUCGGUUACAACACGGGUGUCAUCAACGCCCCUCAGAAGGUUAUUGAGAUGUUCCUCAACAAAACAUGGGUCGACCGCUACAAUGAGCCCAUCACCAAGACCUCCCUCACCACCCUGUGGUCCAUCUCCGUCGCCAUCUUCUCUGUUGGCGGCAUCUUCGGCUCCUUCUCCGUGGGCCUGUUUGUCAACCGCUUUGGCAGGAGGAACUCCAUGCUCAUGGCCAACGUGCUGGCGUUUGUCUCCGCAGCUCUCAUGGGCUUCUCUAAGAUGGGUGACUCGUGGGAGAUGCUGAUCAUCGGGCGCUUCGUGGUGGGCCUCUACUCCGGCCUCUCCACUGGCUUUGUGCCCAUGUACGUGGGUGAGGUGGCCCCCACCGCCCUCCGAGGAGCCCUGGGCACCCUCCACCAGCUGGGCAUCGUCAUAGGCAUCCUGAUGGCACAGGUGUUUGGCAUGGAGGCCUUAAUGGGGAACGAAUCUCAUUGGCCCUUCCUGCUGGGCUUCACAUUCAUCCCAGCCCUGGUGCAGUGUGCACUGCUGCCCUUCUGCCCCGAGAGCCCCCGCUUCCUCCUCAUCAACCGUAACGAGGAGAACAAGGCCAAGACUGUCCUGAAGAAGCUGCGUGGGACCACAGACGUGAGUGCAGACAUGCAGGAGAUGAAGGAGGAGGCCAGGCAGAUGAUGAGGGAGAAGAAGGUGACCAUCCUGGAGCUGUUCCGCUCGCCACUCUACCGUCAGCCCAUCUUCAUCGCUAUCAUGCUUCAGCUCUCCCAGCAGCUGUCUGGCAUCAACGCUGUUUUCUACUACUCUACCCGUAUCUUUGAGAAGGCCGGAGUUGCUCAGCCUGUUUAUGCUACAAUUGGUGCCGGCGUGGUCAACACAGCCUUCACUGUGGUGUCGCUGUUUGUGGUGGAGCGUGCCGGACGCAGGUCUCUCCACUUGCUGGGGCUGAUGGGAAUGGCAGGCGCUGCUGUUCUGAUGACCGUCGCUCUGGCUCUGCUGGACCAGCUGCCGUGGAUGUCCUACGUGAGCAUCGUGGCCAUCUUUGCCUUCGUGGCAUUCUUUGAGAUCGGCCCGGGUCCCAUCCCCUGGUUCAUCGUGGCUGAGCUGUUCUCCCAAGGACCCCGUCCCUCGGCCUUCGCUGUGGCUGGCUUUUCUAACUGGACCGCCAACUUCAUAGUGGGCAUGGCCUUCCAGUAUGUAGAGGAGUUGUGUGGCCCUUAUGUCUUCGUCAUCUUCACCAUACUGCUGCUCAGCUUCUUCGUCUUCACCUACUUCAAGGUGCCUGAGACCAAGGGCCGGACGUUUGACGAGAUCUCGGCUGGGUUCCGCCAGUCGGCUGGCACUGGGGGAGAGAAGCACUCGCCGGAGGAGCUCAACAGCCUGGGGGCUGACUCUCAGCUCUGAGCACCUGUCCCUCCCCUCUGCUCUCGUCCCACACCCCCUGAUGAGGCCUGGCUAUGAACCCUCCUUCACCACCCCAACCUGAAGGGACCAGAGGGGCUCACUCACUGACUGUGUGCAAACUGACUACUAAACUGACAUACUGGCUGCCAUCACAUUUCAGGCAUCUUCGCCAAACAGAGAACAGAUGCCCCUCACCCCUCGCACAAUCCCCUGUCUCAACGUCUGAAGCGCUCCUUCUCUUCUCAUCACAACAAAAACUUGGUGGAGGCAGGAACCUGGGUGUAAGGGGGUGGGUUGGAAUGGUAGAUAGUUAGAAGAUGGUGGUCUUUUCAAUUAACUUCACAUUUUAUAUCAGAAAAACAGUAAAUAUCCUAUGUUACUUUUACUUAAUUUUUCUUACUUUGUCUGUUAUCUUUCUCAUUUUGUCGGUUUAGAUAUCUAUGCUUACAUUUCUUAUGCAGGUCUCAAUUCUUCUCAUUGAAGACCCUCAAGGCAUUGCAUGCCAUGUAAAUAUGUUUUUAGCAACUCUUUUAAUCUCUGUCCGGAUUUUUAUUAUUUUUGACAAAUGUAUUUCUUAUGGAAAAAAUUAAUAAAAUCAUAAAGAGUAGUUUUUAUUAUGUUUAUGUCAUAGUGUAAAGACACUGUUACAAAAAAAAGCCAGCUGUUGUAAGUUACUGUAUGCGUACAUUUUAUAUUUCAUUCCGAAGCAAUACCCAUGAGCAUGAAUUUUACACUAUGAUAUCAUGGGACUAUUUGAGACAUUUCUACUCUGACACUGGUGUUGUUAGUUUGAACUCAUCUUCUUUUUCAUAUAGCAAACUAUACUCAUUUGAAAAGUGACAUCAGCCUGUUUCACUGCAGGCUAAUAUGGGUGUAAAAUAUACCCAAAUCUGAGUUACAACCCCCCCCCACUAAAACUUAACUGAAGUCCCUCACAACUUCGAGUUUAAAUGCCUGCUCCAAAACAUGCAAAGAAUACACUCCCAGUAGAGCCUUCUAGCAGUUCACAAGAAUGUAAGUUGUUCUCUGAUCUUGUGCCUUUGACAGAACAGGAGGCUUCCUUUCAAACAGUAACCACAUUUAAUGUGGCUUCCAACCGUACCAAGGUCUGCUUCAUCCUGAAAGUGCUUUUAGACCCUUCGGGGUCAAACUCCCAACUAAUGCUCCAUGUUCCUUGAAAAGUGGUGACUUUCUUUUAGGGUGAUUUUCGUUAUUGUAACUCCACAAUGCCUUUGGCAUAGUUCAGCACUGUAGGGGCUGCUUUCUUGUCCAAUUUAGUUUUGUGACGCAUAGCUGACAAUCCUGUAUAGUUAGCUGAUUCAGCUGACAGCAUCUCUUGAUGUAAUGUUCCUGUCUGUGACUGCUGUGCCACUAUAAGAAGUUUUCCAUUCUUUAAUAAAACGUUUUCUUUUUAGCAGCACUUUAUCAUCCACAAUAUUGGUUGUUUUGUCACUGAAAAUCUUCCGUAAUAGUAGUUGGAGCAUAGCUCAAAACAUUUUACAAAAUAUGGAACCUUAUGUUACUGAUAAGAGACUGAAAAGCUAAUGGCAGGAUCAAUGUAGGCACCAAGACUUGGCCAUCCUUUAGAUAUGCCUGAUUGAACUCCAACCUUGUGAUGGAGAGCAAAAUAUGCACUUACGGACUGAAAUCAAAUGUACUUUGUGUAUAUAGUUUGACAAUUAUAUUUGGGCAUUUUAUAAACACAUUUAUAAACACAGGAUAUAUGCAUCAAACAGUUGUAGAAAUCCAUCACUGUACAGAAUAAUUUUCUAAAGAGGCCACAAGACUUAUAAUGUAAAUACAAUAGAUAGUAAAGGACCCAUAUGUAUAAAAUAUUUUAUGUUAGUUACUACUUAUAGAGGAAUAUGACUAGUAUCGGUAGUUGUGCAUCUAUUUUUGUAUAAUAAACACACCUGCCUUUAUUUGGUCUGAUUUCCUGUCUGAAUAAAUAUUGUAUGAGAUAACUAUUAACACAAUCUUACUUCAGCUUUGUACAUUAACCAUUGAAGGAUAUAUACUAUUUAUUAGAUGCCUAAUUUAUUAGUGUUGUUUUUAUUUUCUCCACAUUUUAUUUUACAGAAUGCAUUUAAUUUUUGUAAAAGCGCAUGUGAAAAUGAACCUCUAACAGAACGAUCUACUGUAAAACAGUGCGCUAUGGUGUCAAUGUCCUGACGCUUCUAUUUUCUUUUGUAAGUUGUGUGGUUGGAUGUUUGAAUCAAUAAAACAAAACAAGCAUACAGGAAAACGUCAA